AUGGAUGCGGCGAGGAAAGUAGCCGCGGCGAGGAAAGGAGGAGCUGCGGCUCAAUCUGCUGCUGACAGGUCCCGCGGAGGAGGAGGAGGCGGUGGAGCGGCAUCUUUGAAUCCUGACAGCAACAACAACCAGGCCCGGUCUCUCUCGCCGUACCACGGCGGAUACAGGGCCUUCCCCGCCUCUCUCGAUGCUCUCGCCGUUACCGAUCCCCCGCCAGCUCUUCCUGUGGUGUCGAAGUUCGCGGCUUCUGGGCAGGGUGGCCCUCCCCCGUCCAGGGCUGCUUCCCUAGCGGCGGCGGCGGCCGCGGCAGAAGCAGCGGCCAAGGCGUCUUCCUCGGCGAGAUCCAUCGCCGCACACGGCGGCGGUGCCGCCGCCCCCGCCCCCGCCGCCGUGUCUUCUUCUCUGCGCCGGGGCGGCGGCGCUGAGCCUCCGGCCUUCAUGUCGGUGCCGUACGCGCUCCUGCGGCCGCAGCCCGCCCCGUUCUCCGCCCCUCGGCCGGCGGCGCUGUCCGCCGGAUACCAGGGUGGCGGCGGCAGCGGGGUAGAAGCGGGCCCGACACGAGCGGCAGCACAUGCAGCGGCGGCUGCGGCUGCGGCUGCGGCUGCGGCGACGGCGGCGGCGACAUCGGGGGUGAGGACGGGCUACAGCGGCGCCGCCAACGGGGCGACGGAGGCGAACGGACGUGGCGCACGCCUCCCGGCAAGAGGAACACCAACGGGCCUCCAACUCAGAGUCCGGCCCGGUGCUGCGCCUGUCGUCGCCCCUAGCGCCUCCGCCGCCACCGUGCCGAGGGCGAGCGGCGGCAGGGGCAAGGGGAAAGAGAGCAGGGCGCGGGCCGCAGGGGCCGCCGGUGGGAGGAAGGGGACUGGAGGCGCGUUGGCCUCGGACGCACGGGGGGGGUGGCCGGGUGUCGGGUCCGGUGAGCAAGGCACGGCCGCCGACGACGACCGCACGGUCGUUGUCGGCGGCGGUAGCGGUAGCAAGAGGCGACGGACCGACCUGGUGGCGAACGGUUCCGUCGUUCAGGGCGGGACCGUGCAGAUGGCGUUCGAGGGUGGCUGCUACGGGUCCGUUCAGAUCCACAACAAGCGGUACCUGGCGGUUAUGCUUGAGGCAGACGAGGUGGCGGCCGGUGGGGCGGCGAUGGCCCUCUGCGGAGGCCAGAGGACGAGGAGCCCCGGGCUCAUGGACAUCCUCAACCUCAGGCAGGCCCAGGGCCUGAUGCCCAACUUUGACUCGAUCAACCUCAGAGUGUGCCCGAUAUCCUCCACCGCCAGCCUCCUGGCGGGCGCGUCGCCCUCGGUGCCGCCGCGCCAGCAGCAGCUGCUGCAGCAGCAGCAACUCCAACGGGCACGAGGGUCGGGGCUUGGUGGUGCGCUCGAGCUGCAGAAAUUGGGCAUAGAAGUUAUAGUGGGGGAGGCGAGGCAGAGGGUCGGUGGCCGCUGCUACACGAAGCGCUGGAUCUCGAGCGGGGUCAAGCCCCCGGAACGCCCGCCGCCGCCCCCGCCAUCGACGAAGGGCCCGCGGGUUGCUCGGAGGGAGGCAGCGGCGGCGGCGGCGGCGGAAAAGGCGGCGAUGGAAAAAGCAGCGGCGGCGGAAAAAGCGGCGGCGGGGGGAACGGCGGCGGGGGGAAAAGAAGCGACGGGGGGAAAGGCGGCGGCGGAAAAAGAGUCGGCGGCGGAAAAGGUGGCGGAAAAGGUGCCGGAAACGGGGGGACGAGAGCUGACCGCUGGCGCUACCAGCACUCCACCAGCACCUGGCUCUGCUGCCGCCGCUGCCGCCGCCACCACCGCUCCAGACUCCGAGAAGAACGGCGCAGCGGCCGAAGGGGGCUCCGCCGCUGCCACUGGCCCCCCACCCCCCGCUCCCAGGACGGCGCCGUCCACUUCCGCUGCAGAGGCCGCCCUCGCCGAAACCGAGCCCACACCGGGCACUGGUGCGUCGGGGGCGGGGGCUACGUCAGAUGCAGGCGGGGCCGGGGGCGAUGCGGGGAAGGGAGGGUCUCAGGGAGGCGAGGACGGCCGUAGCGAUGAUGACAGUGACGACGAGUUCGCCAUCGACAAGCCGUCCGCGCCGCCGCGACCGGGGGCCGCCGCGCCGGGGGCGGGGGCGGAUGCCGUCGCGCCCGCCGGCAAGGGUUCCGCGGCAGGGAAGGAGGCCGCGGCGGCUACUCCCGUGCCUGCGGCUGGUGCUGCUGCUGCUGCUGCUGGUGAUAGCGUCGGCGAAGAGAAGGAGGGGGAGAAGGAGAAGGAGGGGGAGAAAGAGAAGGAGGGGGAGAAAGAGAAGGAGAAGGAGAAAGAGAAGGAGAAGGAGCUAGUCACGCCCAUGCAGGAGGACGACGAGGAGAUUGAGGUGUUGGAGGUUGUGAACCCGACCAAGAAGUUCGUUCCGGACAAGAUGGUGAGCGUCGACAUGGGCGCGGCCUGGAUCCACGGCACGACCAAGAACCCGAUCACGGCGCUGUGCGAGAAGUUCUCGCUCGGUCUCUUCAACACUGGCAGCCCGACCGUCAUGGUCGAUCACGACGGCCGAGUCGUGAACGAAGCUUACGGGAAGUGCAUGGACGCGACGUUCAACAAGCUCCUCGACCGCGUCGCGGAGAUGGGCCACAAGCGCGCGGAGGCGGAGCUACACGCGGCCAGGCGCAAGUCGCGGCAGGCCGCCGCCGACGCCGCCCGGCUGGCCACGGCGGCGGCGGCGGCUGACUCGGAAGCAGCGGAGGCGGCGGAGGCGCUGCCCAGCAUCAACGCCCUUGCGGAGGCGAGGACGACGGAAGCGGCACCGGAGGCCGUGGCGGCGGCCGUGGCGGCGGCGGAGGCGGAGAAGGAGGCCCCGGCACCAGCUGGAGGAGGAGGAGCGGCGGGGGGGGCGGCGACAUCACCCGCAGCAGCGGCAACGACGGGGACAGAGGAAAAGCAGGGAGAAGAUGAAAAAGGGGCGAAGGUGUCGAAGGUGGUCCCGGGUCCGGAGGCAUCAGGAUCGAGCGGCGCUACCACCAUCGCCGCGGCCGCUACGGAGUCAGGAGGAUCGAGCGGCAGUUCUGCCACCACAACCACCACCACCAUCUCGGCUCAGGAGGCAGGAAGCACUACCACCGCGGCCACCACGGCCACCACCACCACCACCACCACCACGGCUGACAACAACGCCACCACCACCACCACCGCCGCCGCCGCUACCGCUACCGCCGCCACCAACAGCGCAGAACCGGCGUCCUCGCCGACACCAGAGGCGUCGCCGUCGCCGUCGCCGGCGGCGGAGGCGGCAGAGGCGGCGGCGGCCAACGAAGCGGAAGAGGCAGCGUUGGUCGAGAAGGCGAAGGCGACCGCGGAGAGGGCGCGGGAGGCGAGGGCGGCGGCGAAGAAGGCUGCUGAGGAGGCGACGGAGGCAGCGGUGGCGGAGCGGGGACCCUUCGGGCUCUGGCUGUCGGUGGGGAAGACCUUCCGCGAGGCGAUGGACGUCGAGAGAGCGGCUGCGGCGGGGGUGGCGGCGGGGACGGAUGCUGCUGACGGUGGUGCGGAUGGCGCGGCGCAGAGGCCGGCGGUGAAAGGGGCGCCGGUGCCGAUCCGCGACCUGGGGCGGGAAGGGGAGCGGAUCUUGCAGUGGCACGUGUCGAACGUGGAGUACAGCACCGGGGCCACGAGCCUGGACGACCUGAGCCUGCGUCACUGGGAGGCGGACGGGGGGGAUGAAUUCGACGGGCCUCACAGCCUCAUCAGGCGGCAAGACCCACCCGUUCAACCAUGUCAUGUUCCGGAAAGAGUCGUUCGCGGGAGCGUGGGGGCGGGACCCUGCCCCAGCGGCAGCGGCGGGCGGCGGCGGCGGGGGCGGCGGCGGGGGCGGCGGCGGCAGCAGUUCUUCCGCUCACGGGCGGCAGGCGGCGGCGGCGGCGGCGGCGGGAGAGAAGGCGAUGGACCCACCUCCGCGCCGGCGCCGGCGCCGGCGCCGGCGAAGACGGGGGCGGCAGCAUCAACGGCGUCAAGAGGCCCUGCUGGAGCCGGCAUCGACAGUCGGGAUUCGGCUGGCCACGACAGAGAUAGAGGAGGCACCAACCAAGCCUCAGGCAGCGGCAGCAAUGGUGGUGUGAGCCGCAGUGCUAGCGCCCCAGCCCCAGCCCCAUCCCCCGCCCUCGGGCUGGUCGGCGCCUUGGCUGACCUAGCGGCGGGGUACACGUCCACCGCCGCCCCCGCCGCGGCCUCGAGAAAGCGCCCGCGUUCCCCCAAUAGCGGCAGCGGCAGCGGCAGCGACGGCGGCGGCGCCAGCGGGGACUCGGGAUCUUCUGGCGGGGGCGGCGGGAGGGGAGCCGCGGCGACGGCGGGCGGCGGCCCGACUAGACCUGGAGCGGUGACCGGGGCGGGGGCGUCGCCGGCCUCCUCCUCCUCUCCCAGCGGUUUCUGCUGCCGGGUUACCGCGUCAGACGGGAAGGUGGUGGAGGGAGAUGCCGUGGUGGUGACUGUCCCCCUCGGGGUGCUCAAGGCCAGGGUUGUCGACUUCGUGCCGUCCCUCCCGGACAGCAAGGUGGAUGCGAUAUCGUCCCUGGGGUAUGGCUGCCUCAACAAGGUUGUCCUAGAAUUCCCGAGGGCUUUCUGGCUUGUCAAGAUGGGUUCCCGGCGACUUCUAGCCCACGUCUCCGAAACACCGGGCGACUUCUAUCUGUUCCUGGACUUGACCAAUAUGUGCGGCCGGCCGGUGCUAGUCGCGCUCGUCCCGGGAGAGCAGGCGUUUCGCGCGGAGAGGGAAUCCGCGGGUGAAACGGCCGGGCGGUGCCUGACGGUAUUGCGCCGCAUUUUCCCGGAGGUGACAGUCCCGGCGCCCCUGCACGCGGCGGCUUCUCGGUGGGGUUCAGACAAGUGGGCAAGAGGCAGUUACAGCUUUGUUCGCGUCGGAUCGUCGUCAGAGGACAUGAGGGUGCUAGGGCGCCCGGUCGGGCAGAGCCUUCACUUCGCCGGGGAGGCGACGAGCGUGAGGUACCCGGCCACCGUCCACGGUGCCUGGUUAUCUGGGGUCCGCGAGGCCAAGAUGAUCUAUCGGAAGGACGAGGUGGAGGAGGAGGAGGACGACGGCGGCGACGAGGAGGGGGAGGCGGCGGCGGCGGAGACGGAGGAGAACGGAGGGGCGACGGAGGAACCUAAGGAGGACGGGACCUUUUGCCACAUGUGCAGGAGGGGAAAGUCGGACCCCUUCGUGGCUAAGGAAGGCCGCAUCAUCGGACCUUUCCGGGGGGUGAUCGUGAGGGGGCAGCCGCGCCAGCUGUGGGUGCACAGGAAGUGCGCGGAAUACAGCCCCGAGGUGGAGGAGGUUGACGGAGAGCUCGAGAACGUGGCCAAGGCCAUCAGGCGGGGCGCCUCGCUCAAGUGCUUCGCCUGCGGCAAGAAGGGGGCCACCGUGGGGUGCUUCAACGGCCGGUGCAGGACUGUGUACCACGUGCCGUGCGCGAGAUCGCACGCCGGGUGGGACUUCGAGAAGGCCGACAGAGGGAAGGAGUUCUACUGCCUCAUGCACCAGGAGGGCAAGAGCGAGGCCGAGAUCGCAGCGGCAAAGGAAAUGUACGACCGCCUGAAGGUCGUAGGUAGAAAGAGACCCCGCUCCAAGGCCAAGCCCCGCUUCCACGGCGCCGGCAAGGGUAAGGUCAAGGGGGACGCGGGCGGGACCGGCACGGGGAUCAACAGCGGAGUCGCGAGGAGGGAAGGCGGCGCAGUCGACGAGGAGGAGGAGGAGGAGGACCAGGAGGAGGACCAGGAGGAAGAGGAGGAGGGGGGCGCGGCGGCUGCUGCUGCUGCUGCUGUCGUGAACUCCGAUCCGAUGGAUGUGGACGACGGCGGCGCAGGGGAACCCGCAGAGCGGGACGGCAAGAGUAGCCCACAAGACGGCGCCGGCGCGAGUGACGCGGCGGCGGCGGCGGCGGCAGCGGGUGCCGCUGCUGCGUCGAAGAACGCAGGAGGGCAACACGGGCCCUCGGCAGUUCCUCGGUAG